UCUUUUGUGCAUGUCGUACAUACUCUUCGAAUUUUUCCAGAACACAAGGUUUCACGUUAACAAAAUUACAUGCAUGAAUACCUCCAGAUACAUAAUCUAAAGACAAAGACUGACCGAACGCGAUCGGCGAAUUACGUAAUUUCCACGUCACAAAGGAAUAAGAUUUGUCUACAAAAUCCGUGUUCUUGCCUGCCCAUAUUCGACAAUAAGUAACCAUCAAUCUCUCCUUGUCCAAAUUUAAGAAAAUCAUGGAAGAACCACAACCACAAAAUUACGCGAUGCAUCAAGCUCUCCAAAAUCCAAUCAUUGCCGAAAAAAUAUUGCAAAACACACCCAUUUCUGCAAAAAUACUACGCCUCGUUUGCACCGUAUGGAAUGAAAUCAUCCUCUCGCUUCCACAACCGAGACUGACCCUGCGGCUUUUCCAAGAGCCUGCGUCCGGGUCCCGCGACCCGGAUGAAGUGGAUUGCUGCCACGCCACCCCCUUUCAAUUAUUCUGCAUCAACAUGGACCCCCGACUUGCAAAAAGUAUUGAAGAAUAUGGAUGCUUGCAAAAUUACGACGAACAUGAACCAACUCGAAGAAUUUCCGCCGAAUCAAAAUUACUCCACGUUUCCGAUAAGUUCAGUCGGCUCGUGGAAGACUUGAGCAUAACUUUCAAGGAUGAAGCCUUGACCCCAACAUUGUACGAAAUACUGCAAAAGUGCUGUCCGAAUUUGAAAAGAUUGGAACUUUUCCACCACAAGAGAACCUUUGCUGACCCAGAACUAAGCCAUGUUUCUCUUCAUCCCUUACCUACCCGACCAAACUUGACCUUUCUCAAAAUAUUUGGCAUCACUGAACCCUCCGGCUCCCCAGAAAGGGCACAAUUGAUUCUUAACUCUGCCUCAAACGUGACACAUUUUACCUACCAUGGCAAAAAAUAUCCAGAUUUAAGUCGGAAUAAGGCAAUUAAAUGGCUUACGGUGCACAUUGAUUGCGCGGAAAUGACUCGAAUCCCCACUUGCCAAGGUGCUCACGGACUUAACAAGAUGUUAAACCAGGUAAAAGAUCAAAUACAAUUUUUGCACUUGAAGAUGUGCAUGAUAAGUGAAGCUGGAAAUUCUUACGAUGAUUUUGGCGUUUGGCGAGCGAGAGAUGAAGCAGUCCGAAUCGGUUUUCAGAUCCCUAAAAUGAAGAAUCUUAAGGAAUUUAGAAAUGAAGUGCUCGAUUUGUUUAGAUGUGGGGAUCAACUGCAAGAUAUUUAUCCAGAAAGGAUGCCAAAUUUGGAAAUAUUGCAUAUUGCUGAAUGCACGAACAACUUGGAUAAAUUAUUACAAAAUAUUAUGCAGAAGAAGGAUUUAUUUAAUCGAGUGAAGAAACUCCAUCUGUUGGAUAUCAAUGACCCCGAAUCAAUUACUGGAUUAAGGACACCAUUCCCAAAUUUGGAAAGUUUAACAAUUCUGCAGUUGGAUAAGUGGAUUGUAGUAGAGCUUGUAGAAUUGGGACCACAUUUACAAGCGUGUGUUUCACUUGGAUUAAAAUGUUUGGAGUUGGAGCUCUCAAGUAGAAAUGAAAAGCUUUCGGAAUUUAUUCAAGGGUUUUCAAAUUGUGAGGAAUUAUUGUCAAGUCUGAAAACUUUGGAAAUAAGGUUGUCCUCGCAUGCGUACGACGACUUGGGCCGUGUCGAAGAUGGGAUGUCGCAGUUGAAACAAUGGCUCCUGGGAAUGAAGGGAUUGGACAGUGUUACCAUUUCGGGAAUACGGUUUGAUGAGGACACAUGGGAAUGGGUAAAAUCUUUCAUUCAGGAGAACAAGAUUCCAAUUGAUUUCGGGGAAAAUUGUACCAUUUUCUGCUACUAAAACAUCUUAUACGCUUGUUGAAUUAAGUGUUUCCACAAUUUCAGCUGCGACAACUGUUAGAAUCAGAAUACCUUUAUUUUGACACAAUUUCAACUACAUAAUUUUAUGAAUAUCGUAUUUCAUAAUACACGCUAAAAAAUACUCCCGGAUCUAAUUGAUUGAUUGAUUGAUUGAACUUUAUUCAAGUGUCUAACAAGUUCACAGUAACAAAACAUGCUCUUCCACGAGUGACACAUGUAAUAUAAACAUUAAGAACAUUAAUAUAAUAUCUAGCGUAUCAUAAUAAGAAAUAAGGAUCACGACAGGGGAUAAUUAUGAUGAUAUAAGGUUAUUUUACUAAAAUGGCCCGCCUGUCUUAGCACCCUCCUAAAUGCAUAAACUAAAUUUAGUUAUUUAUUUUAUUUUCAUUAAUUUUAUUCAAAAUGCGAGUAUGUAUGCAUUUAUGGUAUUGCUAAAGGUUAAACAAGUGUUAAUAUAAAUAUGUAGCUUGUGUUUUGCCAUGAAAACGGUAGGUCAUGCGUUUGUACAUAUGCCACUACGGAAAUUACUUUUUAGCCUAUUAGGGUUACUCCACCAGUAAUGGUAAUGAAGGUGACUUGAAAAAUCGAUUUUUUUGAAAUCCUUCAAGAAUGUGUUGGGGGACUUUAAAAGACGGGGAAAAAUCAUUGUCCGUUUUCUUAAAAUUUCCAUGGGUGUGGUAGGAGGCGGAGUGACUUUUAUUGAGAUCCCACGUUUACGCGCCGGGUAUUGCACGUAGGGACUCCACAUUUUUUUGAUAAGGUCAUGGUGAGCGUGUGUAGGUCAAAAUGCGCGGUUCAGAUUUUUCUUAAAAUCGUCAUUUGGGGUGUCGUUGGAAAGCCAAGCCAAUUACUAAUUCUUCAGAAUCAGUUACACGCACCCCCCCUCCCCCCGACCUCAGCGGAAGGUAGCCUCUCCGCAUACAUAAUUAUUUAUUUUACCUUUAGCGUUUACGUGCAUAUAAAACUUAUAAAAUAUGAAAUAUCGAGUCUACGAUCUGUGCAAUUGAUACAAUGCAGUGUUAUAAAUCAUUGCCAUUUGUAGUUGUCGCGAUUUAUGUAAGUUCGACAUGUUUUUUUGCUUGCAUGAAUUAUUUUGUGUGAAAUACUUGAAUAACUACACACUAUAUACUCUACUCGUAUCAUUCAAUCAUUCAAGCGUUUUACACUUAGCAAUUUAUGGACACAAUUUUAAGCUUUCAAUAUACCUAAUUUAUAUUUUUUUGUAUUAGUUGAAAAAUGUCAAGUAUUAAGUGUACUUUCUAACUGAAUAACAAACGCAAAUUAUUCGACAUACCCAAAGUUCGACAGAUAGGCAAUUUAUGGAAAUAGUUCAAUCUUUUUCGUGCGUUACAUGAGUGCUCUAUAAGCACUCUCAGCAAGCUCUAUAAGCGCUUGGUCACAGAGUUGAAUCUUUUUUUGUUAUAUAAAACACAAAUUCCACACUUGUAUACAGAUUGCGACAUAUAUCGAACUUACACUCCACGGACGCAGGCAUACAAUUCUUCGAAGCGAUUUGGGCUCCUGAUAAGGAGUAUUGCCAUCGUAAUGGUGAUACCAAUUUCUGAUGAAAGGUUAGGUAUGUAUUAAUUUCACAAAUAUAUUAAUUACUUAUUUUCUACACUUUGGAACACGUAAUUAGCGCUCUUAAAGUCUUUGAAAAAUUAACCUACAGCUUCGGCCGCAUUUUUCACAGAAGUCCAGGCUGACUCUAAUAUUUGUUGUCUCUCUUUUUUUGGAUGACUGGAGAGCCGGAUCUUCUUUGGGAUGCCUCGUAUUUCAUUUCAUCCGACCGUGUUGCGUUUUGUUGACCAACUUUGGUGGUAGUGAUUAGGAGAAUUCUUAGCUGACGAAAAUGUCGCAGUUUCAUAAUCUAGUUUAUCACUCUCCCCAUUUUCUUGAUCAGUCGCAUCAUUUUUUAAAUGUUCAGUAGAAAAUGAAGUGACUUCGUCAGCUUUAUAGUUGUUAAUGUUCUCUUUUCGAGUAGCAUUUGUCUCAUUAAAAUCUACGGUCUGCUUAAUGCAUAUACUCGCCUUCCCCUGGGUUACACAAUAUGUAGUUUUUCAAUGUAUAUGUAAUACAUUGAAACCAUGUAAAAUGGACUCUACUGCUUUUCCACCAAAUUCCUUUCCAAUUGGUUAUACUUGUGUGAAUGGAGUUUUUCAGCAUUUUUGGUAUUCAAGUACAUAACAUGCACUUCGAAUAGCAUCUUCGAUUGAGAUUUAUGGAGUUAGCUUUGAAUCAAAAUUGACCUCGCACCUCUUGCUCUAUUAUUAGAUACCUUGCCUAUGGCACCACUGCCGCAAAUCCAAAGGUCGGAGAGGUUGACCUUGAGGGUGUUUAAUUUUGUCAUGUGGGAGCGACAGUCUGGGAUGUCGUCGUCGUCCCUUCCACGGUUGUUAUUAUUUUAAUUUUGGUGAUUUUUCCUCCGCUGUAGUAUAAAGAUGCAAGUAGGAAUGAAUUAAUCUUAACAUAAUAAAUUUCAUACAGGAUGUAACUAUUAAUAAUGAUCAUCAUGCGACGAUGUGACCAAGUGCAAUAACCUAUUGGAUUGUAAAGCAAGGAGAAUUGUCUCAAGUACUAGCGGAAUAAUUAAUAUUAAGAAAUGGAAGCUCUAGGGUGGUUUUCUCUUUGGCCUGGAAGUUCUGCUGAUGCUAAAUUCUUAUAUAACUUUAUAAUUAUUUUCUCCAUAGAGAAAUCAAAAAUAGGAUGCAACAUUUCUCUGCAGUUUUUUCUUUCCUUUGACUGCUGUAGUUCGGAGCACACUCAAAGGGGGCAGAAUAGGAAAUGUCCUUAAGUCGUUCCAAUUUACCGCAGGUGCCAAGUGCCACGUAACCUUUCCAAAAAUAAGGGAUGUUCUUUCUCGUGGUAGAGCUGCUGGAUGUGGCUGUAUCCAAGUCGAGCUAUUAUUAUAAUCAUAAUUGCAAGCAGGGUUGGGAGUUGUAACCAGUUUUGUACGUAUAGGUCGUGGUGUAUUUUCUUUUUGGUCAGGUCCAGGUUUUCCCGUUUAAGAUACUCAUCCACGACGUCCAGCUAGAGGUACUCGUACCACAGGGCCUCAUCUCCGUACUUCGGAAGUACCGGUGCCAAUUUUGGGUCUGUCGUGUUAUCCCACAGUUGCCUAAUUUGGUGUAGAAAUGAUCCAAUCCCAGCCAUGAUAUUCCCAGUUGUUUCUAUUUCCUGUGGUAUGUUCCAUUGGAGAGCCUGUGGUCCCUUGGGCGCCCUUCCGUCGUGGGAAGGGGGCUAAGGACCGAGAAGGCGACUAAAAUACGAGAAUGGGAGGGUUAACUUAGGAACAUGUGCUUUCCGCUUAGGAUUAGUUUAUAUACAUCCUCAUUACGAUUAUGAGACUGAUUAAUGGAAAUAUGGCUGAAGGUAUGAGCUAAGUUCCAGACCCAGAAAUUUCGUAAUGAUUCUUGACACAGUCCUUUUUAAACUUUUAUCAAGUUUACUCAGCAUUUUUCCAUGAUAUUGAAAUCGUUUCCUUCUUAAAUCCCAUCAUCUGCAUUUCAUCUAAUAGAAAUGAUUCUUCCAUUUUUAUAUUAAAUAAAUGAACAACCAAGGGUCAUAAAGAUAUUGUUAGAAUCUAUUGUCCGAAAUUUAUAUAGUCUUUAAUUUGUUUUUUCUAUAACGAACUCUGUAGGAGACCAUAAAUUGCUCUUUUUAAGUUUGUGUGCAAAAUUUCCUUUCACACGAAAACUUCAGGUUGUUCCAUGUACAAAAUAUUUACUAACAAACAUACAAAUAGAUAAUAUGCAAUAAGUUAUAUUUAAUAUUUAAGAUUUAAGUUUAAUAAUUUACUUAUAUAUAUACGUGUAUGUGUAUAUGUACGUACAUACAUACACUCUAAACAAAAAUGAGUAACAUUUACACACAGAUGUGUAAAAAACAGGAUAACAGAACCAAAAUGUAAAACGUGUCCAAAUUUGUGUAAAAUUUGCCCAACGUUGGGUAAAUUUUACCCUUUGGUUGUGUCAUCCUCCUUUUACCCAACCUUGAGUAAAUUCCAAUCACUUUUAUUUAGAGUGUACUUUUAACAAUUACUAAUAAUUAUCAAUAAUAUAAUUACCUAUAUUCACGGGUGAAGUUACCUAUUACAUAUUCUAGCUGCAUACUUAUGCUAUGCUUCAAAAUGUUUUCAAACCCAUUAGAAGGCGUAUCUGUAUAAGUACAUAGAUUUAUUGCACAAUUAUUUAGAUUAUGACGACCCAGCGUACAGCAUUGUGUAUGAUUGAUUUUGAGUUGACAUUUAUUUGUAUUGUUACGUUCAAGUAUCUCAAAAUCAUUUAUGCACACAUCUGGACAUAUUUAGGUACAUGCAGGGUGUUAUAUUGAUGUUUGUAUAUGGAUUUUAAUUUUCAGGAAACAUUAAACCUUGAAAUUUAUGUGUACAUAUUUAGAUUCUAGCUUACUCUGUAGUAAUUCUGCAUGCGCAUGACUUUCAUUAUCAAUUUUAGAAGUGUAACACCAUUAUUUAAUAAAUAGUAAUUUAUUUGUAA